GGGAAGGACCUAAAGAACAAGACGCUGACAUAAAACAACAACACGCCGUUUAUUGCCAUGCACGUGUCAUACACCAUUAUAAACAUUGCUUAUUUCAUAUUUAAAUCUACUCACUAUAAUUUCACAAGAAAACGGCACACUUCUCAAGACUACAUAACCCAGCGCUGCGCGCUAUGAAACCGAGGCAGCGUAAACAGUACUUCAGGAACAUGAAAAGAUCGGAUGACAGUGAGAGGGAAAAGAGGAGAAAGAGGCGAAGGCUUCUACAGGAACUAGGAGAGCAGAGGAUUCCAUAUCUUUCCCCAACAGACCCAGGAUUUCAGGACCUGUGGGACUCCAGUUAUGCGGGCCUGGCUUUGCGGCAGUCUGGUACCCUUCCAGAAGGUCUCCAUGAGAAGGUUCAAUCUGCUCUGUUAACUCUACAGCGGCAUGGAUGUCUCCUCCGAGAUCUUGUCCGAGUUCGAGACCGGGACGUCUUCACGGCCGUUUCACGCGCUCUCGUGGGUCAGCCGGGCUACACGUACCGUUAUCUGGACACUCGUCUGUUCACCAUCCCCUGGCACUGUGAAGGAGAAGAGGGCCAGAAAGAUGAGAAAGGCAAACCUUGCUGUGACUCCGACCUGAGGGACGCUUGUAAAGCAUUAUGGGAGCUCAAUCAGUUCUUUUGCUCGGAUGUAAAGCAGCAGACAAAUGCAAGAGGUGUCAAGCGUACCCGCAGUGACACUGAAAACAGCGAAGAUGCGCCAGGGGAGGGAAUGUGCGAAGAAGAGAGUGUUAAGGACAGGUUAGUUGAGGAGAAAACCAUAGAGGAGGAGGAGGAAGACAGUGGACAGGGCUGCUCUCAUUCCUCACCUCCUUCAUCCACUCCGCCAGCUGCUCAGGCCAGCCUGGUUCAGUUUAACGUCACGCUAAUCAACUACAUGAACCCUGCAGCCAUGACCCAGCUGAAGGAAGAGCCAUAUUACGGCAUGGGCAAAAUGGCAGUCGGUUGGCAUCAUGAUGAGAACCUGGUUCCUCUCUCACCAGUUGCCGUUUACAGCUAUAGCUGCCCAGCAGAGCCAAAGAAUGAAGGAGUUACUGAGAAAGACGGGGAGGGAAAGAGCAAAGAAAAAGAAAGAGAGGCCAAAGGUGAAGGAACAAGUACAGAAGAAGUGAAGAAAGAAGGAGAAGCCUCGGUGAAGGAGGACGUGGAGAAAGAGAAGACGUGUUGGCGAGUUGGUUUGAAGGUGGCCUGGGACAUCCACACACCAGGUCUGGCUUUGCCUCUCCAAUCUGGAGACUGCUACUAUAUGACAGAUGAUCUGAACCGGACACAUCAGCACUGUGUACUGGCUGGUGACACAGCUAGAUUCAGCUCAACUCACAGAGUCGCACAGUGUUGUACGGGUACACUGGACUACAUACAGAAACGUUGCUCUGAGGCCUUGGAGAAUUUACACAGCGACCCCGAGAAGAACGCCAAGAGCCUGAUUUCCCUCCUGCCCUCCAUCCUCCAACGCAUUGAGGAUAUCCACAACGAGGUGGAGUUUGAGUGGCUGAGGCAGUACUGGUUCCAGGGCCGGCGUUACGCUCGAUUCUGCAGCUGGUGGACUAAACCCAUGGAGCAGAUGGAGAAAGAUUGGAAGGAAAUGGAGAGAAUGACUCAGCUGCUGUUGGUGGUGGUUGAGGAUGAGGCCACGGCACAGGAGAACAGAAGAGAGAUGGCAGACGUGUUACUAAAUGCGCUGACCGACAGACAGCAGCACAGACAGACAUGGAGAGACAGAUGCCAGUCCAGCCUGGCGCAGACUUUGCCCCCUGAGGAAGCACCUGUGGACAGACCCUAUUGGAGCAAUGAUGAUCCUGACAUGCCCCUCCCCUUUGACCUCUCUGACAUCAUCAACCGCGUUGAGUCGCUUCUAUGGAGGUGUGUUUGAAAAGAAUGUAAGGUGUUAAUAAAGAAUGGAGAUAAAUGGAGAGAGAAAAUAUUAUGGGCUGGAUAUUAUGAGAUAGAGGCAGAUAUGAAGAUCACAGGUGACAAAAAAGUACAGCACUCACCAGUUUAGUUUUUCCUUUUUGACCCAUCUUUGCCUGAAGACCAGCGUUCACCUUCACACACACACACACACACACCUGCACACACCACACUGACGUCCUCAUGGAUGGACUGACGGAUAUGAGACUGGAUACCUUGGCGGAUACAAAUCGAUAUCUGGAUGGGACAUUUUAUUUCCUAUUUCCAUCAGUAUUGUUUACUAUCACCUUAACAGAGUCUGUAGUGUUACAAUGACCAUGCAUAGACACAUAUCAGUAGUAGCAUCCGAUAUCUUUCCAUACAUAUUCAAAUAUAUAUAUAUCCAUAAAUGUAUGUAUGCUUUAGUUCAGUUCUCCAUAUAUCCUCUGAAACUUUUUUGGACAGGCAUUAUACAAAUGUAUACAGUAUACACAGUUUACUUCUCCUCUAUUUGUGUGUGUGUGAGUUUGUCUGCUUGGCGUCUUUUUUAAUAGAAGAGUCAGGAGUAAAAGAAAGCAAAAAAGAAAGGAUAUGAUGGGGGAAGGAGGGGUGGUGGUGUAUGACAUCAUUAACGGGUGUCAUAUGCAUGGUGUUGCCUUUCACCUGGAGUAUUGUCUGGGGAUUUAGUGUGUUUGAAUUGCCCUAAGUGUGUUUGAAUGUGUAUGUGCGUCCGUCUGAUUGUCUGUAGGGAGAAGGUAAAGUAAAAGUUGUUGGACUGACGUUUGUCUAUAUUGAUGGAUGUGGGUACGAGACACACACAGGUGUAUGUAAUUGUUUUAAACGGUUUUAUUUCUGAAUGACUGAAAAUGUGUGCGUGUGUGUGCAUAAGAUGUUUCUCUCUCAAGCCGGCUCUUAUUGGGCUCUCCAAUGAACUUGCAUUGCAUAAUUCUUGCAGUUUUUUUUUUUUUUUGUUUGGCUCCUAAUCUUUCAAUAACGCCUGCAUAUGUCUGUAAUGCUGCCAGUUUCGGGAGGAAUGCACUCAAACAUCUUUAGAUGCGUGAAGGAUGAAGAAAAGCACUCUGAUGUCCUUUAAAUGAAUGAAGGAUGAAUGAAAAAGGGAUGACUGUUGAAGUCCAGCAGCUUUCUUUUCACUUUAUAUUUUUCUGUCAUCAGUGUUAAUGUAGAAGAUGCAUAUUAUAGUAUUUGAUGAAGAUGCUUACAUGUGUUUUAUACUUUUGAAGUUUUAGAGUUGUUAUUGGUUGCCAAAUAUUGUGUCAUUGCUGAGAAAAUGCUGUGAGGUUGGUAUAUAAAUAUAAAUAUAUAUAUAUAUAA